CACGAGUAGUGGGUGUGGUAUAUCGCGCGGGAGGAGAAACGCUGUACGAGCUGACAAGUGAGGAACUGGUCGGACAGAUUUUCGUUUACUCAAAACAACGGAACAGUGGGUCGCAGACCAUUGUCUCGGACGCCCUCACAAACUUCAUCCACUGUCUCCGAAAGCGCUCAGCGGCUCGAGCAGCCGAAGACCAUCUAGAGCAACCUCUCCACCAUCACCGCCACAACCACCACCACCUCCUCCUAAAUCCCUCUCCCCUGCCCUUGUCUGACCCCCCACCCGACCCCACCCCAUUCCGUCCAGCGUGUGACUGCCCCCUGUGGCUCAGGAGUGGGAUGGAUGUGAAGAACAUGCGGGAGUACCUGGGCUGGCUUUACUACCAGUACCUACUGGUCACGGGCAUCUACGUGCUGGAGCCGUGGGAGAAGUCCAUCUUCAACGCGGUGCUCGUCACCAUGGUUGCCAUGGUGAUCUACACCUCCUACGUGUUCGUGCCCAUCCACGUGCGCCUGGCGCUGCAGUUCUUCUCAGGCCUUUGUGGAGGGCAACAUGAAAGCACUAUGACCCUAAUGAACUGGGGGGGUCCCAUAAUCUCAUCACACCACCCUGCAACCAAUUAA